CGUUCGUUGUGGUUGAAACCAACAUCGCCAUCAGCAUGUUCUCACUGAAUGUACCGGCAAAAUAUUCAAACACGGUGUAUGAUACGAUCCGUCCACUUUACAUUCCAUCUCGAUUUUUCGGACUAUUACCCUUCAGUGCAACUAUAGCUAGGCCAUCGUCGAACGAAAUUUAUUUAACAAAAGUCGAUUAUUUUCUAUUCAUUAUUCAUGAACUGGCAUACAUUUCAUGCACGGUGUUUAAUUUUUAUGCUGACAUUCACGACGUUGUAUCCUCAUCGAAAUUAUUGGAAACUGGCGUAAAAUAUCAAGUGAUUCUCGGAUGCAUUUUAAGUUGCAUCCUAGUUGUUGUUGAGCUUGUGUUUAGGUCGGCUACAUGGGAUAUUAUUGAAUCAAUUAAUGACUUUGACCUGAAGUUUCUGACUUUGGAUAAAACGAUAGACCAUUCCAAUCGGAAGCAGCGACUUAAACGUUUCCUCGUGCUAUGGCUUCUAAUAUUCCUGAUAUGUUCUAUCGGAUCCUUUAUACUGUCUCUUGAACACGUGAACGGAACAUCUAUUUUACUGUUUCUAACAUCAUACUCGCUAGUGAACAUUACCUAUGGAUGUGCAGCAACUUUUUACACGUUUCUUCUAUUUAGUCUGAAAGUACGGUAUGAGAGUCUAAAUAAUUGUUUACGUGAUGAAGGUCAGCUGAUACAACCAAUAAAAAUGUUCAAACACAUCAAUAAAGGGACAUCAUGCGAUAAAAUUAUGAAAAUGACUCGGCUACACGAUCAGCUAACAGAUAUUAUUGGAUUAGUUAAUCGUCGUUUUGCGUUUCAGGUUCUGAUCUUAGUUGCAGCCGAUUUCGUGUUUUCCGUAUUUAGCAUAUUUAGUUUCUAUCGAGCUUCUUCGACAGAGCCCUUUGACUUAAAGGAGUUCCGUAGCUCCAUAAUUCAUAACGUUUGGGGAUUCUACUACGACUUCUUUAUACUAGUUAUAAUUUGGAUGGGAAGCUCAGUGAAAAGUGAAGGAGCGUACACAGGGGUGCUGAUUCAUAAAACUAUCAACAAUUAUGCCGAUAAAGACACUGUCGAGAAGCUCAUUUUAUUCUCUCAACAACUAAAACAUCAAUCACCAAUUGCUACUUGUAAAUUAUUUCCGAUCGACUGGACCUUGUUCUUUACGAUGGUCGGCGCUACAACUACAUACUUAACGAUACUGAUUCAGUUCGAUUCGUCGUUCCAGGGAAAUAUCUUGGCGAAUGCAACCAUUGCGAAUGGUACGAAAUCGUAGUCGAAUUUAUUUGGUCGGGAUUGCGCCUUGUACACGUUGUCGUACUUCUUAUUAUAUGUUUACAAGUUAUAAUUAAAGCAUUUCUGUUUGUUUUGUUGAAUAUGAAUGUGCCCUAAUCACAUUUUUACGAAAUUUAAUCACCAAAUCAAUAAACUCA